AUGCAUCCGACACUACGGCUGUUGUCGAAACUUGCACUCAAGGGCAAACUCAAGAAGCCGUUAUUGCUGACCAAGGCAAAAUCCGUACAUCCCGUCACUCCGGCAAGAACCCGUUUUGCGCCGUCUCCCACCGGUUUUCUCCAUUUGGGCUCACUCCGAACAGCACUUUAUAACUAUCUAUUAGCAAAGAGCACCAAUGGCCAGUUCCUAUUGAGAUUAGAGGAUACAGACCAAACAAGAUUGGUUCCUGGUGCGGAAGAAGACAUUUAUAAGUCGCUUGAAUGGUGUGGAUUACAUCCAGAUGAGUCUCCAGUGGUUGGAGGACCAUACCAGCCUUAUCGUCAAUCUGACAGAAUGGACAUCUAUAAGAAUUACGCAGACAAAUUGAUUGAGGCGGGACACGCUUAUAAGUGUUACUGUUCCAAGGAUAGACUUCUUAGUCUACGGGAAUCAGCCAUGCAAUUGAAGCCUCCCACUACGGUCACCUAUGAUAGAAAGUGCUUACACGAAACACCACAAGUAGUAGAAGAGUAUACGGUCAGAUUCCGCUCACCCGAUGUCUAUGAGCUGUUUCUGGACUUACUUCAUGGAAAUUUGAAUUUGCAGCCGCAGUACAACCAAACUGAUCGCAGAUACGAUGACUUUGUCAUUCUCAAGCUGGAUGGCUUGCCAACUUACCAUUUUGCAAAUGUAGUCGAUGACCACUUGAUGAAAAUUACUCAUGUUGUGAGAGGAGAGGAAUGGCUCACGUCAACCCCCAAGCAUGUGGCCUUGUAUAGAGCGUUUGGUUGGGAACCUCCUCAGUUCAUUCAUAUUCCUCUUUUGACUUCUUUGGAAGACAAGAAGCUUUCAAAGCGUCAAGGUGAUAUUGGCGUUCUGAGUAUGCAGAAACUCGGAAUUCUUCCUGAAGCUUUAACUAAUUUCUGUGCGUUGUUUGGUUGGUCUCCUCCUCGGCCCCAAAAGUUCAAGACCUCCAGCGAAAUUUUGACGUUGAGUCAAUUGGUGGAGAAGUUUUCGUUGGAUCAUUUGACGAAAGGUAAUGCCAAAGUGAACGACAAUAAAUUGUACUUCUUCAACAAGCACCAUUUGACUGCCAGAAUUGCUGAUCCCGAUACUUUAGCAGUAUUGAUUGAUGAAUACUACCCACAUUUUGUUGAGAUCGCUGGUGAUCUGUAUUCCAAAGAAUUUUUGACGAAAGCUGUUUCUGCGGUAGGUCCAAGUCUCACCACCAUCUACGAUUUUGAGAAUAUCCAUUCUUAUUUAUUCAAAGAUGUCAAUUACCUUGACUAUGAAAAGCCUCUGGAUAGCAUUUUCUCUGAUGUAUUGGUAGCAUUGCAGAACGCUGCUACCGAGCAAGAUCUAUUCCCUGUUGAUCGCGUAUUGGCUGAGGUCCCUAAAACGUCGAAGAAGGAAGUAUUUCAAGCCACAAGAUAUGCAUUGUCGGGAGGUGUGCCUGGUUUAACCAUACCCGUCUUGAUUGAUCUAAUUGGUGCGGACAAAUAUUUCGAAAGACUUAGUGCUGCUAUUGCAUUCUUACAAAAAUAG